AAUAAUAUUGCAAUAUAGUCAUAUAGUACAAUAUAAUAAUAUAUAAUGCUUGUAUUGUGCUGUACUAAUAAUAUAAUAUAUUGUAUGUACAGUAGAGUCUCACUUAUCCAACAUAAACGGGCCGGCAGAACGUUGGAUAAUCGAAUAUGUUGGAAACAUUAAGGAAAAGCCUAUUAAACAUCAAAAUAGGUUAUGAUUUUACAAAUUAAGCACCAAAACAUCAUGUUAUAGGUAGGAAGGCACCAUCUGAUCCCUCCUGACAGAUGGCCAUUCAUCCUCACCGUUCUAAUUAGUGAUAUGGAGAAGUAAGGCUUUAGAGGCAUAGAAUCCUACAUUUGGAAGGGAUCCCAGAGGCCAUCUAGUCCAACCCAGCCUGCCAAGCAAGAAGGACACCAUCAAAGCCCUCCCGACAGGUGGACAUCCAGCUUGUCAUAGAAUUUUAGAGUUUGAAGGGGCCCCGAAGCCCAUCGAGUCCAACCCCAAUCUGCCUGACUGGAAGGAUACUAUCAAAGCCCUCCUGACAGAAGGCCAUCCAAAAAGCACUCUCUCCUGACGUUUCGCCCACAUUACUGACAGGCAUCCUCAGAGGUCGUGAGGUCUGUUGGAAACCAGGCAAGAGGGGUUUAUUAUCUAUCUGUGGGAUGAUGAUGUCCAGGGUGGGAGGAAGAAAGAACUCGUGCAUGUGGGAGGCAAGCGUGAAGCAUUCUCUCCUGAUGUUUCACCCACAACCAUGGAAGGCCGCCUCGGAGGUCCAAUAGUAUUACGGUAGAGUCUCACUUAUCAAACAUAAAUGGCUGGCAGAAUGUUGGAUAAGCAAAUAUCUUGGAUAAUAAGGAGGGAUUGAGGAAAAGCCUAUUAAACAUCAAAUUAGUUUAUGAUUUUACAAAUUAAGCACCAAAUCAUCACGUUAUACAACAAAUUUGACAGAAAAAGUACUUCAAUAUGCAGUAAUACUAUGUAGUAAUGACUGGAUUUACGAAUUUAGCACCAAAACAUCACAAUGUAUUGAAAACAUUGACUACAGAAGCAUUGACUACUAAAAGCUCGACUGCGUUGGAUAAUCCAGAAUGUUGGAUAAGCAAAUGUUGGAUAAGUGAGACUCUACUGAAUUCUGCGCCCAGGCUGGUACAUCCAAUGCUCUGCUAUGUUCCUUUUCUUCUUUUCAUACCUCUAUGUUCCUUUUCUGCAUUGCAGGGGCGCUCUUUACUUUUCAUACCUCUAUGUUUACUUUCUGCAUUGCGGGGGCGCUCUUUGCUUUUCAUACCUCUAUGUUCACUUUCUGCAUUGCGAGGGCGCUCUUUACUUUUCAUACCUCUAUGUUCACUUUCUGCAUUGCGAGGGCGCUCUUUACUUUUCAUACCUCUAUGUUUACUUUCUGCAUUGCGGGGGCGCUCUUUGCUUUUCAUACCUCUAUGUUCACUUUCUGCAUUGCGAGGGCGCUCUUUGCUUUUCAUACCUCUAUGUUCACUUUCUGCAUUGCGAGGGCGCUCUUUACUUUUCAUACCUCUAUGUUUACUUUCUGCAUUGCGGGGGCGCUCUUUGCUUUUCAUACCUCUAUGUUCACUUUCUGCAUUGCGAGGGCGCUCUUUGCUUUUCAUACCUCUAUGUUCACUUUCUGCAUUGCGAGGGCGCUCUUUACUUUUCAUACCUCUAUGUUCACUUUCUGCAUUGCGAGGGCGCUCUUUGCUUUUCAUACCUCUAUGUUCACUUUCUGCAUUGCGGGGGCGCUCUUUGCUUUUCAUACCUCUAUGUUCACUUUCUGCAUUGCGAGGGCGCUCUUUGCUUUUCAUACCUCUAUGUUCACUUUCUGCAUUGCGAGGGCGCUCUUUGCUUUUCAUACCUCUAUGUUCACUUUCUGCAUUGCGAGGGCGCUCUUGACUUUUCAUACCUCUAUGUUCACUAUCCGCAUUGCAGGAGCGCUCUUUACUUUUCAUACUUCUAUGUUCCAUUUCCGCAUUGCGGGGGUCUCUUUACUUUUCAUACGUCUAUGUUCACUAUCCGCAUUGCGGGGGUCUCUUUGCUUUUCAUACAUCUAUGUUCCAUUUCCGCAUUGCGGGGGUCUCUUUACUUUUCAUACGUCUAUGUUCACUAUCCGCAUUGCGGGGGUCUCUUUACUUUUCAUACGUCUAUGUUCCAUUUCCGCAUUGCGGGGGUCUCUUUACUUUUCAUACGUCUAUGUUCACUAUCCGCAUUGCGGGGGUCUCUUUACUUUUCAUACGUCUAUGUUCCAUUUCCGCAUUGCGGGGGUCUCUUUACUUUUCAUACGUCUAUGUUCCAUUUCCGCAUUGCGGGGGUCUCUUUACUUUUCAUACGUCUAUGUUCACUAUCCGCAUUGCGGGGGUCUCUUUACUUUUCAUACGUCUAUGUUCACUAUCCGCAUUGCGGGGGUCUCUUUACUUUUCAUACGUCUAUGUUCCAUUUCCGCAUUGCGGGGGUCUCUUUACUUUUCAUACGUCUAUGUUCACUAUCCGCAUUGCGGGGGUCUCUUUACUUUUCAUACGUCUAUGUUCACUAUCCGCAUUGCGGGGGUCUCUUUACUUUUCAUACGUCUAUGUUCUAUUUCCGCAUUGCAGGGGCGCUCUUUACUUUUCAUACUUCUAUGUUCCAUUUCCGCAUUGCAGGGGCGCUCUUUACUUUUCAUACGUCUAUGUUCUAUUUCCGCAUUGCAGGGGCGCUCUUUACUUUUCAUACGUCUAUGUUCUAUUUCCGCAUUGCAGGGGCGCUCUUUGCUUUUCAUACGUCUAUGUUCACUUUCCGCAUUGCGGGGGCGCUCUUCACUUUUCAUACUUCUAUGUUCCAUUUCCGCAUUGCAGGGGCGCUCUUUACUUUUCAUACCUCUAUGUUCCUCCUAUCCCGCCUUUUCCCCCUCCGUCUCCGCUCUCUUCUCCCAUUGGUUGUUGCUUGGGAGGUCCCACCCCUUUCCCCUUCCUUCGCUCCCUCAUUGGUCGAAGCGCGUCCUGGCAGAUAUGUAGUGCGGGGGCGUUUCCCAUCGUAGCCGCAAUAAUACAAAAUAAAUAAUAAUAUAAUAUCAGAGAUAUAUAGUCUUCGAGCUUAUUAAUAAUCGUUACGUAUUAUUAUGUUGUUUGAAUAUGAGGUCCAUGGAUGUGUCAGGGUUGGCGACGGAAGGGACGGGUUGCGUGAUGGACCUGCCGGGACUUGGGGGCGGGGCAAGGGGCGUGGCCUGGCGCGUGAGGGCCGGGGAAGGGAACAGCCAAGAUGGCGGCCGGGCAAGGAUGGUAAUCGCAAAACAAUGGAAAAGUGAGAAAGCCCCAUCGAAAGAUGCCUGGCUGACCAAAUGGACUGAAAUAAAGGAUAUGGACAAACUUACCUUCUGAAUGAGAAAGAGCAACGGAAGAGCUAUAAGAGCCACGGACUGGUCAAACUUUGAAGACUACCUUGUUACUUCAGAGAAGGGAACCAGCAAGGUUGUAUUCAGAUUUUCUGGGAAGUUGUAGUUUAGGUAAACAUAAUGAAGAUUUUACUGAUUGCAGUACAGUCUCCUUAUCUAUAGAUUUGAUAUGCAUGGUUUUACUUACUGUAGUAAACUCUCCCCUCCAAAGUGUUUGUAGGCCUCUCUAUGUUCUUCACUGCAAUUCUGUGAUAGGUUUCUGGCCCAAAUAUCAGCGAAAUAUAAGGUUUACUUGCAUCCAUGGGGAUCUUAGAAUGGGAGGUAUAUGUAAUAGUUUAACCCUUAAGCUCUUCCUCAUUAAAAAAAUUGCAGGAAAGUCUAGUUAUUUUCCCCCCUCCACAAAUGUCUUGCAGGCAUUACAUUUUUUGUUCUUUUUAAAAUGUAAUACAAUGGUAUAAUUAUCCCCCCCCCUCCCAAGCACAUCUUCUCUGUUGGUUUCUUCUUUUCUGGGUAGGAGAUAUUACUUUUUGGAGCCAACCCGGGAUUUUAUCAGUAUAUUUAUUGUAUGUGACCUCAUUUGUUUUAUGAUUUGUUUUAUUGUUGAUUGACUUGUUUUAUUGAUAUGUUUUUAUAUUGUCUGAUAUCUGGGCUUGGCCCCAUGUAAGCCGCCCCGAGUCCCUUCGGGGAGAUGGGGCGGGGUAUAAAACUAAAAUUAUUAUUAUUAUUACCUUAAGAAAAGAUGAUAAGAACUAUCUAAUGGGAACAUAAAUGAUUAGUGACAAAGAUCGGAAACCCCCCCCCCCCAUUGCUAGUGUCUAUCCCCUCUCACAAUCCCUAAUCCAGACACACUUGCCCUGCCCCUGCCCUCCCUUCCCUGUUCCCCUGCCGUAUGUCGUCUUAUGUUUUAUGUUUGAUGUUUUAAAAGAAACUUCUCAAUAAAAAUGAUACAAAAAAAUAAAAAAAAUAAACUUAACCAAACCUGACUGUUUAAACAAAAUCAAAUAAACGUGUCAUCCAUAAAUCAAAAUAAAAACACACACUUCUUUACACCAACUUUGGUUGCAAAUGUAUGCAAUUUCCUUGAGAAACCUCUUCCUUCCUUCCCAGGCACCAUUUCUUAAACCCAGAAAGGGAAAACACACGUAGGAGCCGCCUGAAUUCUCCCUUGUCUGUCCUUACGGCUGAGUUACAACUCGCUGAGCUUGUUUUGAUUCUGUUUCUAUACAAAACGGUGGCUCCCAUCAUGAAAUCAAUAAAGUUUAUUAUUUCACAACG